CCGCGACAUUCGGAGAGAUUCACAUCGGUUCAGUACUCUGCACUCGACGAUACGUUGUUCGCCAAGGCCAAUAGAACACUCAUCGACCGCACAAUGCACUCGCUUGGCGGGCAUUGCGCAGCCUGAACCCACACGCAUCUACCCGCAUUCCACCCACCACACAGACACAUUCCUCCUCCGCAAUACCCAAGAUGCCGGCAUCAGAGAGAGACCUCUCUCGCGACCGCGAGUACGGGCUGAGACACCAGCAUUCCUCUUCCGACUGUGGAAGGUCGAGCGUGCCCAUGUGGGACAGCUCCGAUCCUGACCGCGCUCCGCCUCCUCUUCCUCUCAACCCCUCGCACACUUCUCCCACCAAAGCGAACACAUCGAGCGGUAUUGCCGCCGCUGCCAGGCAGAUUGUGGAAAAAUGUCGCGAAAGCGCUCCAUUGUCCUCCUACACCUCCAAUCGCGAACAGUCAUCACCGGAGAGAUCGCUGGUGAAGGGAAGCCAGCAUCGACGACUCAACACGCUGCAGACAAAUAGCGUCAAGGACCUCCGCAACUAUCUGGACAAUCGAUCACCGGAGCGGUCGCCAGAACGGCCGUUGGAGAGGCGUUCAUCAACCAGCGGCUUCUCAACCCCAAUCCGUGAGAGCAGUCGAGAGUUACUACCUUCUUCUCGCGAGCGCUCCACCACCCCUACGCCUGUUUCAAGGGACUCAUUGAAGGAAAUUACUACUCCUACCCUUCGACCAUCCACACGCUCCCCAACACGUCCCCUACUCGGCGAGAACACUCCUCCAUCUGCGACCAUGCGAGCGUUGCAGAACAUGCAAGUUCCCGAGCCUUCCUUGGUCGACAUCACCAAUGGACCCACCACUCCAACGGGCCUUCGACCGAGUGCUGCGUACGAUUUCUCCAGCCAGCUGCUGAACCUCACAGCAAUCGCAACCAAUCUCCAACAAGAGAUGAAACAACUCAGUCGCCGAAGCAAAGACAAUGCUACCGAUCUCAUCAGCCUCAAAGAUGCGACGAGCAAGCGCGACGAGGACAUUCGUAAGAGUCUGCGCGACCUCACCACCAACAUGUCCACUGGUUCUGCACAUUUCCUCGGACCUCCGCCUGGAUCGACGAAUCGGAGCACGAGCAGUCUCGGCAACAUCUUGGACAGCAAGCCCUUCAACUCCCCUCCUUCAGCGUCGAAAGGAUUCAACCUGCCGAGAGCUUCAAGCGCACAUGGCUUCUUGGAAGAGAGAGUCGGCUCACCUUCUCCAUACUCCAUCGAAGGCGCGGCCAGUGUGGCCAUGCUGGAAAAGAUUGUGCGAGAAAUGGUGACGAAGGACGGGCAGGAGCGGCUCCAGUCUUCCCUCUCCGAGCUACUGGAAAAGAGUACCAAGGAGAAUAGCGCAGCAGCCAAGAAGGUCGAAGAACUGUCCGCGUUCAUCAAGGAGAAGUCGCAUUCGCAAGCCGUGGUUCCCUUCGCAAAGGAUGGUGGCCCUCCAAGGCUGGACCUGAAUUUUGAUUCUCCCGGCUUAAGGACACGCGAAGCAGGCGGUCGGGAGGCCGUGGUGAUGGGGCUUGACGACCAAAUCAUGAAGAUGCUGCAACGCAUUAAAGACUCGAUCGCACAUUCCGGCGGCACAACGGCCGAAGUCAAAGGAUUGGUGAGAGAUCUGAGAGGCGAAGUGUUGGGCAUGGGACGAGAAUUGGGACACAAGCUCAACAAAGUUACGGAGACCCAGCUUAACACUACUCUUGAUCGAUCGAUCGAGGCUGGCCAGGGCACGCUGGACACCGACGAGAUCCAACGAAUCGUGGAGGAAGGUAUGAGCGAGUUGAAAGACCACAUGACUUCGUUGUGGAAGCAGCGAUCUCAACAAGACGACGAUUCCUUCAGGCAAUUGGCAAGCACCGGCAGUGCGCCGAACAGCGAUGAGAUGUUUACCGUUGUGAAGCAUGCGCUGGCUGAACAUGGUGGAGGUAUCGCUACAAAGGACUUUGCUGUUGCGCAAAACGACAACAACAUCGACCGCGAAGAUGUCCUGGAAGCAGUCAAAGAAGGCCUCAAGGACUUUGAACCCAACAUCGAGUUGCAGCAGUUCGGUUUGGAACGUGACGAAAUCCUCACCGUCUUAAAGGAAGGCUUCGAACAGUACGAGAGCACUCAACCGGGAUCCUCGACCCUCGACAAAGGCGAAAUCUACGAGGCAAUGCACGAGGCUCUCAAAGAUUUCCGUCCGCCCCUCCCGGAGGAGCAAAUGGAGCAGAUGAAGGACGACAUGCUGCGACACGUCCGUCAAGCGCUGCUCGAAUACAUGCCCGACACUUCAGCCGUAGCACGCACGGAUGAAGCAACUCGCAUCGCCAUCAUCGCGGCGGUCCAAGAUGGUCUGGCAGAACAUGGCUCCGCAGCGCCUCGUGAAUUGGAGAUCAGCCGCGAUGAUCUAUUCGCUGCCGUGAAAGCCAGUCUCGACGGCUCAUCCAUUCCGUUCGGCGGGUUUGGCGAGCAGGUGAUCCAACAGCUCCACGAACUCAUCGAUGGCAUGCGAAUGGAGUUUAAAGAAUACACUGCCGCCAACGGACGAGAUACCGAGCAAGUUCUGGAUGCGAUCAAAGACGGCCUUGAGCGUCUGCGCGCGGAAAUCGAGAGCUACGUCGACCGCGCACAGGAUGUCACCGGCAAGGAUGAGAUUAUCGAGACGGUCAGGUCUGGACUGGAUGGCUUGCAUGGCCCUGGCUUCACCGGAGGUAGCCGCGAUGAGAUGCUGCAGUAUGUCUCUGGCGAGUUUGAGCGCCUACACCGAGCCAUUGGAGUCCAAGGUUCCGCUCGUGACCUCGGUGACGGGACGCACAAUCCGAUCCUGGCCGCUGAGAUUAUCCUCGCAAUCAAAGAAGGUCUUGACGAGUUGAAGCAUCACUCGCGUGGUGUUGCAAGUCGAGAGACUGGUGAGGACGGCCCCGGCGAGGAAAUGCUCGAGGCGAUGAGGGAAGAGUUCGACCAGCUCAAGAGCUCCCUCCUCAACGCCAACGCCAUCGACAAGAGCGAGCUCAUCGAGACCAUGCAAGACAGCAUGGGUGCUAUGCAUGCCAAAUUCAGCGGCAGUCAACUUAAUGGCAUCUCAGGAGGAGCAACUGAGGAGAUCAUCAACGAAAUCCAUGCCGAGUUCAACGAGGUGAAGCAGACGCUGCAGGCAAUCAUUGGAGAAGCCGACAGGGAUUUCAUCAUCGCAGGCAUUCGGACCUCCCUGGAUGAUCUCAGAGUGCAACUCUCGGCUGAUCAGAGCGACGCUUCGGCUGAAGCUUUAUGUGCCAUCAAAGCCCAGCUGGCUCAUAUCAAUGCAACACCUCACAGUCGUGGAAUCGACGAGGACACCAGCACAAUCCGUUCCGGCCUCGACGAGCUGCGCGACACCGUCAGUAAGACUGGCGUCAAUGACGAGUUGCUCGAGGCACUGCGCGGCGAGUUUGAGAAUCUGAGGGGUGCCAUCGCUUCCAGCGGCAACACGAAUCAACAGCAUGAAGAGAUUCUGGACGAGCUUCAUGUCGGCUUGGACGAUCUGAGAACUCACGUCGAUAAGAAGUUCGACAAUCCCGAUCAUGCCAUCAAGCAGCAUGGCGACUUGCUGGAUGCGCUCAACGACGGGUUGGAGUCGAUGCGAACCGAUAUUGUCAAAACUCUCGACAAGCCUCUGGAUAUGACCGUCAACUACGAGAUCCUCGACACGCUGAAAGAUGGCUUGGCGUCACUUCGUGUGGACAUGGACAAGUUGAAAGGGGGCGAUGGCGCUUCCAUCAUGCCUGGAAGUGGUGAGGUUGUCUUGGCGGAUGGAGCUGCGGUUGGUCAGGCCAGAGAUAUGAAUGGAGAUGCUGAUGCGACUGCUGCUCGACCAACAAAUGUCGAUCACGGUGAACUGGAGAAAAUGCAAGUCCUUCUUGCGCAGCUCCAGAUCAAGAUCGAAGCCAUGGAUGCGACCAUGCAGGAUCUGCCCGGAUUGAGCUCUGCUCGAUUCGGGGAUGGUGCAGCGAUCAAAGAUGAGAUUGCUGCGGUGGCAAUCACUCUUAAAGAGAUACACGACAAUGUCUCGGCAAUUGCUGGAAAGGAUGGUGUCUCCGCUGCGGAUGGUGCAGCAACCAAGGCAGAUACCGACGCCAUCGAGACGCUGCUUCGCAACACCAAGGCCCAACUGGAAGACAUGGCUUUCCCGGAUCCUGCGAGCCUCGUUACGAAAGAGCAUCUCGACGCCGUUGAGGCUGCUGUCCGACUCACCAACGACGGCAUCGAUGGUCUGGUGGACAAGCUCGACAACAGCGCAGCAGCAAGGGCGGACGUCGCAGUUGUGGAGGUCCUUGCUCAAGACAUCAAGACCGCUCUUGACGACGUGAAGCACACCUUGAAGCAUGAGAAGCCUGACCUCAUGACCAAAGCCGAUCUCGACGUUCUUGGCGUUAUUGUGACGGAGAUCAAGACCAGAGUUGGCGAGAUGGAGCUGCCGGAUCCCGCAGACCAGCCUUCCAAAGCCGAUAUCGAGCAACUGCAUGGCUUGAUCAACGAUUUCCGCGAGAGUCACGAUAAGAUGCGUGAGAGCUACGAGACGGAUAUCGCAGUCACUGCCAAGGCAUUUGACGAUCGGAAGAAGGAAUUCCUCGACACCAUUGAGGAGAUCAGUACUGUCAGGAAAGCUCUCGCCACGGUGAAGGAUGAGGUGAUGGGGAAACUGGGCCACGGCGAGUCGAGUCUUGACGAUCUGGGCGAGACCUUGGACGAGCUCAAGGAGAAGACUGGUCCGUUGGGUGAUGACCUCAAGCAACUCAUCGAGCAAGUCACCCUCGAGUUCCAACGCUCUCACACCGCAGUGGACUCCUUGAAGGCCGAUCAGCAGCACGCGAUGGACUCUUCGAAGGAUGCUGUCGUCUUGGAGGUUGGUGAGAAGUUCGAGACGUAUUUCGACGGCCUGAUGAGCAAGUACGACGAUGCUCAACGCGCAGCAGAGGAAAGCUCAAAAGUCAUGGAGAGCAAGGCUGCCGAGCAAGAAGGGCUGUUGAAUAGCAUGAAAGCCAUGGCUGAGGAGCUACGACUCUCCAUCGACACACUUGGCAGCACUCUGACCACUUUCCCCGAGACAAUGGAGAAGCUGGUGGCAGAGUCCAAGACGGUGUUUGACCGGGUCGACGAUACGUACAACAAGCUGGACGAGACGCAGGCGGGCUUGAAGUUUGAGCAUUCCGUCACCCGCGACGAGGUUGCGAAGAUCUUAGCCACCGUGGGCAACUUGCAGAGCGAUGCAAUGGAGCACAACCCGCGCUUCAUGAUUGCCAUGAAGGAAGUCCAGGCUUUGAUCGGGCAGCACUACGAGCAUUCUCAAAAGGCAUCCGAAGCGGCCGCAGAGCACGCACAAGCUGUGAGAGAUCUGCAGGAACAAGUUCGCGGAAUAGGAUCCCAGAACGAGGAACUGAAGACGAAUGUCAGCUCUCUGCCACGCUUGAUGCCCGCUCCGUCUGCAGAUACCGUGCCGGUGCCGGAGAAGUUUGAUGAUACCGCCAUCCACGAGAAACUCGACAAGCUCAUGGGUCAAGCGCAGGAAGGCUCGAGCUCGUCCACCCAACUUGAGCGUCUGGACCAGAUCCAUGAAAAGGUCAUGAGUACCGCGGCGGAGGUUUCGGCAUUUGUGGCCAUGCAGACGAAGCAGAUCACGGAAGAUCACCUGAACAAGGAAAAGGAAGCCGAAGAGCUCGCACUGCUCCUGGAGAAGCGACAAGCUCAAAAGGAUGAAAUCGAGGACGACAUCACCGUGCUGAAUGAGGAGAAGGAUUCGUUGCGUACGGCUGUGGAAGCCUUGCGAGCGGAGAAGGAGGCACUCGUCGCCCACAAAGCCCGUCUGAGCGCGGAGGUAUCGUCUUUGGAAACGGCGAUGCAGAUUCGUCGCGAAGAGCUUCACGACAUGGAUCACAAGGCCGAAACCAUUGAGCGCCGCAUCCUCGAAGGCGUGAUGAACCAAUCACGCAUGCUGCUUCUCACGAAGAACGUCAAGUCGGCUCCGGCGCCAAAGAAGAAACCGCAAGGCCGGGAUCUCCGCAUUCCUAGCAACAGUUCGGCCGCCUCGGCCCAGACUGUUACCUCUUCAUUGCCGGCGCUCAAAGCCAACCAUGCGCUGACGAUGAAGUCGCGGCCGGCUCUGGCGAGGAACGAUGGAGCAUUGAAGCCGAGUCCUGCUACUGCGGAGCGGCGUAUCAUGUCGCUUAACCAGAUCAACCAUAACGUGCCGACUGGUGUGAGCGCCUACUCCCCGACGCGAGCGCUUAUCGGAAGCAACCUGCCGAAGCGCAGCCAUUCGGUGCGAAACGCGCCCGCUCCGCGCAAGCCUUCGUGGGCCGCGAAGAGAAUCGCAAGUCUGGCGGAUCACGACAAGGAGAACGACGCGGCACUGUCAGACGUCAGCGAAGACGAAUUCCAGCGGCCCGAGUCUCGCGAUAUGCCUUCGGAGCGCAGUGGAAGCGGGAUGUACUUGUCGCGAUCGCACAGUCGCAUGACGGACGGGGAUGAUGCGCACACCGGCGAGCCGCGGAGCAGCAUUGCGCCCAGCGAUCUCUCGUACAUGACGGGCAGCUAUCUGACCGGCAGCAGCGAGGCGGAUCGAAACAGUAUCGGCCGCGGCUCCUCGGCGAACGCGGUCCUCGGCCAGAGCACUUCUCUCAUCGAGGAGGAUCCGAGCGAGGAGUUCCAUGAGCUGGAUGGCGACGAAGAGGACCACACAUCAGAUCGCGAAAGUGCGAACGAGCAGGAGACUGCACGAAGUGGUGGAGGACAGUGGCUGCUUGACGCGCCGCAUCAACACGCGAAGGAGCUGCAGAUCUACGCUCCGCCCAGCGAUAGUGGACUUGGGACGGACGCGCCGACUACGGCUCCCGCGUUGAGUUGCAUCGGGAGGGAUUAUUUCGAGUGAGGAGUGAGGUUGAGAGGGAAUGGCGUUCGUUUUGGGAGCAAGGGGUUGUGACGGGGAGAUGGACGUUCGUUUGAAGCGAGUUUACGCUUUUUGGGGUGGAGCGUUUCGAGCGUGAUGGGUUUCCGUCGUUCUGGUUUUGUCUCUUUCGUAGCUUUGAAUUGUACUCUCGUUCAUUAAUCUUUCGUGGCCGUAAACGUCAGUUCUGUCAGCUCUCUGACCGCCGGCUGUCCAUAAAUUAGUGUGGUAGUAUGUAAUAGUUAAGCUAAAGUACCUCAACCCGAAACCAAUUCACUUCUUCGGCUUGAAACGU